AUUUUCCAGAUCUUGAAGGCUUAGUAACAGGUGUUGAUAGCCAUUUGAUCAGUAUGUCUGCUGAUGUGGGAGCUGAAGAAUUCAAGGAGAAUCAACCAAAAGAAAAUAGACAAGCAAAUCAAUGGUCCCUGAAGGACUUUGAGAUUGGCAGAUCCUUGGGCCGUGGAAAAUUUGGCUCUGUGUACUUGGCAAGAGAAAAGAAAUCUAAGUUCAUUGUGGCACUCAAAGUGCUCUUCAAGUCCCAGCUGGUCAAAGGAGGUGUGGAGCAUCAGCUCACAAGAGAGAUUGAAAUUCAAUCACAUCUGAGGCAUCCAAACAUUCUUCGCUUGUAUGCCUAUUUCUGGGAUGAUAUCAGGGUUUACCUUGUGCUUGAGAUGGCUUGCUAUGGUGAGAUGUACAAAGCUCUGAAAGCCUCUCCAGGUCAACGAUUUCAAGAUGACAGGCAAGAUUCCAAUUUCUUUUUUUCUUUUUUCUUGUCCAGCUGUCAGUCACAUUCUGUAUGUCAUGGCAGCCUAGAUCACAUGACAAAUGAAUCUGUGUCUCAACCAGAGAGAAAAUUGACAGCAACUUAUGUGAAUCAAGUGGCAGAUGCUUUAGAAUAUUGCCAUUCUAAGAAAGUUAUCCACCGGGACAUAAAGCCAGAGAACCUGCUAAUUGGAACUGGAGGAAAUGUGAAGAUAGCUGACUUUGGCUGGUCUGUUCAUUCACCAUCUUCUAGGCGAGAGACAUUUUGUGGGACCUUGGAUUACUUGCCCCCAGAGAUGGUUGAGGGGAAACCCCAUGACAAAACUGUGGACAUCUGGUGUUUGGGGGUCUUGUGCUAUGAGCUGCUGUCUGGGAAGCCACCUUUUGAAUCUACCAAUGCUGAUAUGACACAGAAGCGAAUAAUUUCCCUCCAGUUCAAGUAUCCCACUUAUUUCUCUCCUCCUGUCAAGGAUCUCAUCUCCAAGCUCUUGAGGAGAAAACCCGAGGAGAGGCUCCCUCUGAAAGAAGUGCUUAUCCAUUCCUGGAUUGUGAGGAACAAGAAGGAUCCUUCUUCAUUUGUGACUAACAAGAAACAGUGACCCCUCUUACUUUGAUUCCAUAUCCAUUUGCUGAACUUAGAUGAUGAAGACCUAAUCCUUCCAUGUGGGUUCCUGGGCCUGCUUGUUGUAUUCCUUUGAUUUUGAAGCCCUGAUCUCGCCGUGUUGGGUACCUAGGCCUGCUUUUGUUUUCCUUUGAUUUUGGAGACCUGAUCUUUUCUUGUAGGUUCCUAGGCCUGCCUGGUGUUUGAUAAUCUUUCAUAUUUGUCUUUACAAUAUUUUCCUUCAGGAAUAUAAAACAUGAGAAGGGCAGACAUGAAAUACCUCUCUGGUUUUAUCAAUCUAUUGUGUCAAUAGUUUUAAGACCUGUCCAGUGAAUAAGCCAAAGCACAUCAGUGGUGUCACAGGGUACAGGGAAUAGGGAUGAGCCAUUCAGUAAAUCGGCUCAUAAUGAUUGCCAAUCUUAUUUUGACACAAUAAAGUAUUUCUGGAUUUUUUGUCACA